AUGGAUAGUGAUGAUGAUCUUUUUGAAUUUGUCCCUGAUAACAAUACAGUUAAAAGUGUCACUAAUACAAGCAAUAUUGCAAAUAUCACAUCUAAUAUUUCUGUUUCAAAAAAAUCUAAAAAGAUAGAAAAGCAAGAUUUUUGUGAAACCAUAUUACCAUUAGACGG